AUGAUUUUGUUCUAUAGUAGUGAAAAAUGCUCCUGGACAUUUCAAAGUUCCUUAAAUGGCGGAUGUGAAAAUCGCGAAGUUCCAGACGAUGAAUAUUGUUACUUUUGUCACCAUAGAUGCGAAGAAAUUUCACCACAUUUGAGUAUUCUAGAUAUGAUGGCUAAUAGAAAAAGAAAAGCUAAGGCCAUUCAUGAACAUGUUCCUGCAAAGCAAAAUCCUCAACGGAAGCUGAAAAAUAAAUCCAAAGUUUUUGUAGGCGAUGAUGAUGAGGAUGAUGAGAACACGGUUAGUGAUGUUUGCAUUGAGGAUGAUGUCUCUGAUGAUGAUACUGUGAGAUACUCAAAUCCACAAAACCUGGGGCAACCAUCUAGAUCAAGUGUACAAACUCAGAGUACGAACCCAAAGUCUUCGCACAUUACAAAGGUAUCUAUUGUUUGUACGAAUACUUCAACUCCGUUUCCUGUUCAGACUUAG